GCCAAACACACAGUUGGAUACAUAGCAGGUUAGAUAUGGGUGAAUCUGCUAAGACUUCCACGAAAAAGGUGGUAAACUCACAUGAAAAGGACUGGAAGAUUCCUCUGAAAAUCCUCAUUCUUUUCUGCAUUGUCGUUACAUCUGUCUGCUCUAGAUUAUUUUCUGUUAUUCGUUAUGAAUCAAUUAUUCAUGAAUUCGAUCCUUGGUUUAAUUUCCGUGCGACGAAAGUGUUGGUGGAACAAGGCUUUUACAACUUUCUUAACUGGUUUGAUGAACGCAGUUGGUAUCCUCUAGGUCGUGUCGCUGGUGGUACCCUGUACCCUGGCCUUAUGGUAACUUCUGGUAUCAUUUACAAGGUGAUGCACUUCCUUAAAAUCAACGUUGAUAUUCGUGAUAUUUGCGUAUUGCUAGCCCCUGCAUUUUCUGGACUCACAGCCAUCGCUACAUAUUAUCUUGCAAGAGAGCUGAAAAACGAUGCGUGUGGUCUUUUGGCUGCCGCUUUCAUGGGUAUUGCACCGGGUUAUACAUCACGCUCCGUUGCUGGCUCAUAUGAUAACGAGGCUAUUGCUAUUACACUUCUCAUGUCUACGUUUGCCUUAUGGAUCAAGGCUGUUAAGACUGGGGCUUCUUUCUGGGGGGCCUGCACUGGCUUGUUGUACUUUUACAUGGUCACUGCCUGGGGUGGUUAUGUAUUCAUUACCAAUAUGAUUCCUUUGCAUGUCUUUGUAUUACUGUUAAUGGGCCGCUACACCUCCAAGCUUUACAUUGCUUACACAUCUUAUUACGUUAUUGGUCUUUUGUCCUCCAUGCAAGUACCUUUUGUUGGCUUUCAACCUGUCUCUACUAGUGAGCACAUGUCUGCCAUGGGAGUUUUCGGAUUGGUCCAGCUCUUUGCGUUCUAUCAUUAUGUAAAAGGUCUUGUCUCUUCCCAACAAUUUCGAGUUUUGCUCCGCUUAGCCUUAGGUGCUUUGGUGGCAGGUGCUUUUGCCGGUCUUUUCGUCCUCUCUUCUUCCGGUGUCAUUGCCCCUUGGACUGGUCGUUUUUACUCCCUUUGGGAUACCAACUAUGCCAAAAUUCACAUCCCCAUCAUUGCUUCUGUCUCUGAACACCAGCCUCCUACUUGGAGUUCUUUAUUCUUCGACCUUCAAUUGCUAAUUUGGCUGUUGCCUGUUGGUGUCUAUCUUUGCUUUAAGGAGCUUCGCAACGAACAUGUAUUCAUCAUUAUUUACGCUGUAAUGGGUACUUAUUUCUGUGGUGUCAUGGUUCGUUUAAUUUUGACCCUUACUCCUUGCGUGUGUAUCGCUGCUGCCGUAGCCAUCUCAACGCUUAUAGAUACCUAUGUUGGUCCUGAUGCUGAAGAUACUGAGGAAUCUGUACCUUCUGGUAAAGCCACUAAGACUAGACGUGGAGUUUUCCAGUAUUUCGUAUCGGGCACUUCAGAUAUUGGUAUUUAUAACAUGCUCCCUAGAAUCAUGGUUCUUGGUUCCGUCGCAUAUUUCCUCAUUCUUUUUGUCUACCACUCAAGUUGGGUGACUUCAAACGCUUAUUCUUCUCCUACCGUAGUUUUGUCUACUGUUUUGAACGAUGGUAGUUUGAUGUAUAUUGAUGACUUCCGUGAGGUUUACGACUGGUUGCGCCGUAAUACUCCCAAUGAUGCCAAGGUUAUGAGUUGGUGGGAUUAUGGUUACCAAAUUGCUGGUAUGGCUGACCGUGUAACCCUUGUUGACAACAAUACUUGGAAUAACACUCACAUCGCUACCGUCGGUAAGGCCAUGUCCUCGAACGAGGAAGCUGCUUAUCCCCUUCUCCGUAAGCACGAUGUUGACUACAUUUUAAUUAUCUAUGGCGGUACUCUCGGUUUCAGCAGUGAUGAUAUGAACAAGUUUUUGUGGAUGAUUCGUAUUUCGCAAGGCAUAUGGCCUGAUGAGAUUAUUGAACGCAACUUCUUCACUCCGAAUGGUGAAUAUCGUACUGACGAUGCCGCAACUCCAACUAUGCGCGAAUCGUUAAUGUACAAGAUGUCUUACCAUGGAGCAUGGAAGUUGUUCCCUCCUGGCCAAGGUUUUGACCGCAGCAGAAAUCAAAGAUUACCAUCUAAGGAUCCACAACUCUAUACGAUCGAAGAAGCUUUUACUUCAAUGCAUCAUCUUGUCCGUUUAUAUAAGGUGAAGAAGCCUGAUACAUUCGGAAGAGACUUGAAACAAGUUGCGUUGUUUGAAGAAGGAAAGCGUAAAAAAAUACGCCGUCCUACGAAAAUGAACGAGCGUCCUAUAAGGGCCUAAGAAAUGAUGUUAUGCUUAAAAAGUACAUUCUUGUAUGAUUUAAUUGGUAAGAUAUAUGCAUCAAUCUUCAAUUAUUGUAGAUAUGUUAUCUUAAUAAAUAUAACAAAUUUUUGAAAAAGAAAAAUAUAAAAAUAUAUCUGGUGAUGAUAGUGAAAG